AUAGGCAGGGCGCCUCCCUGUACCCGUACAGCAAGGCUAUUCAGCUGUGGCCGUUAUUGUGAUCACCUCGCCUUACGGGUACGUAAAAACCGCUAUAGCUGUCACGUGACUAGGCUUCCUACCCUGCUGUUGGUGUUCGGGUAGACAUGAUACUGUCAAUUAUCGGGAACUCAGAUUUCCAUUCUAUGAGGAAUUGAGAAAGGACCAACAUAAGUUGUGGCCAACUAAGGACACUCACUUAAUUGAUAAGUGAUUUUCAUCAUAUCGUCAUAACUCUCUAAGCAACCAUGUACAGUGGCGGUCGGUUGAAUCUCGGGUGGCAGAGUGACCGCGUCCACCGAGCCGGGUACUCCACCCGCUCCAGCAGGGCGAGCAGAGCCAGCACAUACACAGAGGGGCCUACAGACCCCGUCCUACUCAGAAGGACCCUGGAAGAGCACUUCAGACCACUCUUUCAAGGGUUCGUAUACGGCGGUGAGCAGAUUACCAACAAUGAGUUGCGACAACAUCUUCUGGACGACACCUACAGACGCCUCCUACCACGUGACAAGUUGUAUGCCGUUAUGGAUCUCGUCGACUACAACCCCAGCAAAUCCAUCAGCUACGUGGCCUUCGUCAGACUUGUAACGGGAGAGGAAGCAGAUGGGGACAGAUUAGAUAACUCCGACGACGGCGCCAGCGAGGACCUCAACGACGUGAGCAUAUUGUACGACGUCUGCCGCAACACCACGGAUCCACAGGACCUUUUGGAGUUUUCUUCUGGAUUCUCCUGGCUCCCCCCACCUUUCUUCAUCUUGCUGAUCACUGUAGCGCAGAUUAUCGUCUACGCUGUCUACGCAAGUGAGCAGACGACGCCAGUGACGGCCAUGGACGGCGUCCCCAUCGACAGCCCCCUCAUCUACAACCCCGCCCGCAGAUACGAAGUGUGGAGGUUCAUCAGCUACACCUUCCUACACCAGGGAUACGUGGAUCUUCUGUUAACCGUCAUACUUCAAAUCCUCAUCUGUUUCCCGUUGGAGAUCGUCUUCUCGUUCUGGAGAAUCGCCAUACUGUACAUCAUCGGCGUCAUGUCAGGUUCAUUGCUGCACUCCAUCAGUGACCAUAAGACGUCAUUGGUCGGAGGCAGUGGGGGCACAUACUGCAUCUUAGCUGCUCACUUUGGGGCAAUGAUAUACAAUUGGAAGGAGCUGAAGAAGGCCGAUGACAGCCCCAUGAAGAGGAUAUUUUGUCACCCUCUUUUUCGGAUGGUGGUCAUUGUCCUACUGGGGAUCAUACAGAUCAGCCUUGCGUUGUACAGGAGAUUCUUCGCUGAUGACAUCGUCAACAUGGGGAUAGGCCACUUCGGAGGAGGAAUUCUCGCGGGUGCGAUGCUCUGUGAAGCUUUCCUGAAAGAUCGCCACAGGUACCCGUGGUACACCAACGCCGGUAGAAUGAACCUCUUCAUGUUCCUGAUCUUCGCUGGGGCCUGUGCUGUCUUCAACUGCUUAUAUCUAGGGUAUCCUGCAGGGGAUUACAGUUAGAACAUCAACCAGUGUGUGUCGAGCAAAGGCUGUGAUAGAUUGCUACGUCACAGUUGAAACAGACUGGAUGAGUAUCUGGGACCAGGUAAAUACAGCUCUCAACAAGACAUGGAAACAAUGAUGCUUUGCCGAAAGCGUUACCCUGAAUACCGAGAAGGAGAAGAUUAUUGGAGUACGUUUCUUCCUAUGAUUUCAAAGGACUAUACAGUAGUAUAGUUAUCGUGCAUUCGUUAACUGGUGGUUGUUUCGCUUUAAACUAGGAUACCGCAAAUUCUCUAAUAGAAGCUCGUAUCGAUUUGAGUCCGGAUCCAAGACUGCUGUGAAAUGAAAUAUAGACAAGCUUCAAAUAAUAACUCGGCCCAUAUCGUAUCUUAGAUACCCAACUUAUCGUGGAUGGAGUUUUCCUUAACGACAGGGAAUGUGCCAGGACAUGUG